AUGUGCGGAAUUUAUUUAUCAAAGGAUUAUGAUGAAGAAAUACUUAAUCUAAUACAUAAUCGAGGCAAAGAUUCUUUUCAAUGUAUCAUGUAUAAUAAUUUAUACAUAUGUUCUUCGGUUCUUGCAAUACGUAGUAUUGUAAAACAACCCAUUAAAACACAAAACUUUAUUUUUUUGUAUAACGGAGAAAUAUAUAAUAAUAAAGAAAGUGAUACACUAUUUAUUAGCGAUAUGAUAUGCGAAACACUUCAAGAAUGCAAUGUUGUAUUAAAUACUAAUGGCUUGUGUUGUAUAGAUAAUCCAUCUUAUUUUUUACAAAAGUUUUACAAAAAAAUAAAUAUUUUUCAAAAUGAAUUGGCACUGGUAAUCGUUUUUCAGAAUGUUGUACUAUUUUUUAAAGAUGAUGUCGGUAAAAAAAGUUUAGGACUAAGCAAAGAUAAAUUCCAGCUAUCAUCUGUUAAAUAUGAGAUAGAAUUAGACAAUUUAAACUUAUAUUCUUAUGAUUUACAACGAAGUGAAAUGUCAUCAUACAAGAAACAAAAUUUUUCUAUACGUUAUUUUAUUGAGUCACAUAAAUAUCUUAAGAAGUAUUUUUUAGAAGAUUGUAAAAUAUCUGAAGGUCUUUUAGAGGAAUUUUCACAAUUUCCGAUGAAUAGAAGCUAUUCUGGAACUGUAGAUUUUUUAGAUCAAAUUUUAAAAAAAGCGUUUAAAAAAAGAUUAGUACCUAAUAAUCUUGUCGUAUUUUUUAGUGGUGGCGUUGAUAGCGUAUUAGUAGCUUUGUAUCUUCACUUAGUAAGUGAUUUAUCUCAAACAAUAUAUUUAAUCAAUACAGGAUUUGAAGAUUCGCACGAUAGAAAAGCCGGUUUAAAUGCUUAUUUGGAGCUAAAAAGAUUAUAUAUACAAAGAUCGUGGCAAUUUAUACGUGUUAAUAUUAAUUUAGAUGAUCUUAAAUCAAAUUACAUAAAUAUUUCUAAUUUAAUUUAUCCAAAAAAGAGAAGCAUGGAUUUUAAUAUUGGAUUUAUUCUACACUAUACAGCUUUAGAAGCACGUAAAUAUUCUAAAGUGUGUUUUUUAGGAAGUGGUGCUGAUGAAUUGUUUGGUGGUUAUAGUAAAUAUAAAAAAGAGAAUUGCAGACAUAGGAUGUUAUUAGAUGUAGUAACUUUGUCUUAUAAUAAUCUUUCUAGAGAUGAUCGUGUUAUUUCAAAUAACAAUUUAGAAGCAAGACUGCCUUUAUUAGAUAGUGAUGUUAUUAAUUAUUCAUUUAAUUUUAAUGAUGAAUUAAUAAAAGAUAAAUUUGUUAUUAGACAGCUUUUAAUAAAUUAUGGGUUAAUUAAAAUAUCUUGUGCUCCUAAAAAGGCAAUGCAAUAUGGUACUGGUCUUAACAAAUACGAAAAUAAAUAUUUUAAAUCUUUAUGUUAA